UUCUCAGAGCCAUGGCUCUGUUCAGUUCAUUCGGUCUGCGCAUGCGCCAAAUCAGGACAUUGGGACUAAGCCUUACACGUUUGGGUGGAACGGGUCCACAGUUUCCCUCUCUAACAAGCUGCAGGAAUCAUGGGAGCUGUGUUCCUGCCAGCAGAUGCCGCACACUCGGUGUUGCGGAGGCUCCCGAGAGCUAACUUCUUCUUGGAGGAGAUGAAACAAGGGAACAUCCAGCGGGAAUGCAGGGAGGAAAUCUGCAAUUAUGAAGAAGCCAGGGAGGCAUUUGAGAAUGAUGAGAAAACUAGGCGAUUCUGGGAGGAGUACCAGCGUGAGAGCAGCCCUAGGCCUGGAGGCCUUGAGUCCAUCGCUGGUGGCGUUCAUUCCCUGUACCUGAUCUUACCACUGCUGCUGGUUUUGCUGCUCAUUGCUGCAGUUUCUAUCACAGUUUGGAGAUGUCACUCACGCAAAAGAUCCCAGCAAAGCCCUGCCAUUGGGCGUCCACAAAGAGACACAACCCUAUCUGUGGUGUCAAUGGACCAGUGGGGUCGGGACUACCAUCCUGACAUCAGUCCUCACUCCGAGAUCAGCGCCCACAGUAGCCCCGCCUACCCAGGCGCUGACCUCACACCUGGGCGGGGCAGUCGGGGUGACCCACCCCCUUCAUAUGAGGAAGCUGUGGGCCAUACAGAUAUACAGAUUGAAACAGAGCCUCCACCACAAUAUGAAGACAUCAUCAGUAACCACAGUAGCACCGUUGUCAUCUCCCAGGGAAAGUAAUGCAUCUUCCAGGCACCAAUACUGUAUAUUUUUUUACAACUUCACUAUUCCAUGACAGGCUUUAUUUUCAAUUCCAGCACUAACAAAACUAAAGCUAAACUGCUUUAAAAAAAUGUGAUGUGAAGGCCAAGUAUGGUAACCCAUAGUCUGAAUUUUUCCUCUGCAUUUAACCCAUCCAAGUUAGUGCACACACAUUAGGAGCAGUGAGUCGUGAACACACACUGCUGCAGAUUUCUUUCAUUUCAGAAAUGAUUUCAGAACUCAUGACGGCUGGAAUCUUGACCCAAGCCCAAAUCUAAUGACAAUGAAGUACUCACACACAUUCUUCCUAGUAUGAUUUACUAAGAAAUGAGCUCAACAUGUUUUUUCUUCAGUUGUGGCCUCUUAUUGGACCAUUUAGAACUAUAAUACUAAAUCGUAAGAUUCAGUGAAAAAAAAAAAAUGCACAAUAUUUCCAGGAAGUUGUACACUUUAAUGUUUACUGACAUGCUAUAAUUUAAGGUUCAUUGUAACCUUCAGAGAUAACAAUUUUAGCUUGGGCUAUCUCUGAAAACAUUCAUUACAUAUCAAUGAAACAUUUCUAGUUGAGGUUUUAAACACUGUGUUAGAUUUAGUUAACAUCAUGUUGGUAACUGUUCAGCUGAAUGGAUAACCAAUUAACAAUGUUUGGUCAAUGUUAUCAGCAAUGCUGUUUCAAGCAUAAUUUCCACAAAUCCUGAAUUUGUGUAGCAUCAGCAUUCUGAAUGAGCCAGAGUUGUCAGCGUGUGUGAAGUUUUGACGCACAUUUGCUGUAGGAAAAUACAAUACUGAGCUAUUGUAUUGUACAAGUGUGGUUUGAGUUUUGUCAUUGCAGUUAAGCCACAUUGAGUUCCAUGGAAAGACAUGUUAACUAAAUGGUCUAUGCAACAGUGCUCUCUUUUUCUCCAUAUUUUUGGAGCAGUUUACAUGGUCACAGCCUUGUGAAAUUUAUUGUGGCCAAGGAUUAAGCAGGCAUAUUUAGCAUCCCAAGCUGGGAAUACUAGAACUGAACAAGCAAGAAAAAUGUUCCACAGUGGAAGUGAUUAUUAAGGAACAAGAACCAUGCUUUUUGUUUGUUGUGAGCUGUGUGCAGACUUUCUUAGAUUUGUUUUAGAGUACAUAACUUUGUUUUGUUUCUCUAACCUCUAACAGUUAUUGACCAAGCUUUUUACUGGACGAAGGCUGAUUACGCACUUGACUAGAUUAUUUGAAACGAUUUCAAGCCUUUCACACUAUAGUUUUGGUUUAUAAUUAACAACGUGAGGACUAGCAGCAGAUGUUUCCCACUAUAAAUAGGGUCCACUACAAAGCAAAACUCUUUUCUCCAUGACAAAUUAUUUUUUUUGGUAACACUUCACCUGAAACCUUUAUGUAUAAUACAUUAUAAAGGGUUUCAUGAUGUACAUUUUAAUGCAUUGUAUAUUUUCAUAAAUAAUUGUUAAAGUUAAAAUGCAUUAUAUUUGCAGGUUCUUUGUUACAUCUAAAAUGGGGUUUGCCAUGUUUUAAUACAUUAUUUUUUACAUUUGUAACAAUGAAUAGAUCAUGUAUUAUGGUUGUGGUUGCACUCAGUCAUGAGACCAUUAUGCUUUAAAAGGCAUAAUUAAUAUGCAUUAAAUAUGCUUUUAUAAAUAAUGCAUUACAUAUAAAGGAUUCAAGUAAUGUGUUACUGAUUUUGCCUGCCUGGUGAAAAGUUUCAGACUGUUAAACAAAUAUGGAAAUUUGACGCUAGCUUUCAGGUUGGGCUUGUCUGUGUUUAACAGCAAGCAGACACUUUUCAGUUCUUUCUUGGUUUCGUACUCUUGUUUUCUACUCAGGCCCCAGCUACACUAAAGAAAAACCAAGAGAAUUUAAGAUUAGGAUCAAAUUAGGGAACAAACCGUCCCCUAAAAUUAAAAGGAAAAACUUGACAAGGAAACGUUCAGUAUUAAAUAUCAGGAAACUGUGUGUUUAUGGGUGUUGGGGAAGGGGAAAUAUAAUGGAAAACAGUUAAUGCUUUUGUAUUUGUUCAGUAGCUAUGAGUGAAUGCACUUUUUUCAGGGCACCGAUUGCUCUUAGUAAAGGAAUAUUAUUUAAUGUGUAAAGGAA